AGUGUCGGGAACACCUUAUACAACUCCUCCGUCUUCGAUACUCUUAUCACGCAAAAGGAAUUCAUACCACUGAUAGGCAUGUACACCUCGGUGGAUUUGAUCCUUUCCUCUUUGGGUCUCAUCACCAACGCUGUCAAUAUCAGAACCUUCCAGGCCAUGGGAGUCAACGAUGGGAUCACCGUGUCAUUUCUUUUCCUGUCGGCGUCUGAAGUCUUGUGUAGCCUUGCUGGCCUCGGUCAGAGACUCUCCAUGGCGUUUUGGCUAACGGAAAUGGCCACAGGUUAUCACACUUGGUUUCAUAUUAACCCCUACGCCUUCAUCGUGUACUUUAUGCACAUCCGCUCAGGCCUGUUUCAGAUCCCCGUUUUGAUAACCACGUACAUGGCCGUGGUCAAGUGCAUGUGUGUGGUCAACCCGCUGGGAUUUAAAAACACGUUCUCCGUUGCAAAAACCGUUAAAAUAAUGGUUUGGAUUAGCAUGGUUUCGUUCGUCACGUCCAUUCCUAACCUGGCUACCAUGGGAGUCGUCGAAGUCUUCGACCAACAGGUCAAUGUGACGCGACCCACCCUGUGGUUCCCGCACUAUCGGGACAUUGUGAGAAACAUUGUCUGGAACGGUCGAGAUUCGGUGUCCGCUAUCACGUCGGAAAUCGUCAUCGUUGUUUGCCUGGUAGUCAUGACCAGAUCUCUAUCGAAGGCCGUCAGUGUCAGAGAGGGUCUGAAGUCAGGCGGUGGAGAGGGACUCGAUGGCAAGCCUCAAGGUAGAUCUGGGAGUCAUGGGAAGAUAUUCACUGGUAAGCUGAAAGGGAAAGAACUUCAGGUUAUAAGACAAGUGACCUAUAUAUCUUUGGUGUACAUAGUUGGGAACACUCCCAAGAUAAUUGUGUACUUGGCCAUUGCCCUGGUUCCGGGUCUAACUCAAGGCGGGCUUUACAAAAAUCUUUAUAACAUCAUCAUAAUAGGAAAAGAAUCAUGUGAGCUUGUGAUAUCGUGUGUAAAUAUUGUAAUCUAUUAUAAGUACAAUACCAAGUUUAGAGCAUGCUGUCUUUUCAGAGUAUAA